CUACGCUGCUAGACUGCCUCUUGAAUCCGCGGAGCCUGACGCCCUGAGCCAGAAAGGGAGCGCGGAGUGGACCCUGCUGCAGCUGCUGGCUGCAAAGAGGGCCACUUCCCGGGCAGCUUCAGUCUCACCCAAGACCGGCGUGCGGUUCUCUCGAGGCUCUGAGCCGAGGUCCGCCUCCCCCGUCCCUCCCCUUCCCGCACACUGCCUCCGCCUCCUUCCUCUGCCUCCACCCUCGCUCCCCAUCCUUGUCGGUCGGUAAGUAGGCUCGGAGCCCUCAGUCUGCCUGGGCUUCGGAUGUGAGUGCCGGACAAGUGCACGGCGCCUCCCCCAGGAUGGAUAGCCGCUACACCAGCACCGCGGGCAUCGGGGACUUGAACCAGCUGAGUGCAGCCAUCCCGGCUACGCGGGUGGAGGUGUCGGUGUCCUGCAGAAAUCUUCUGGACCGAGACACAUUUUCAAAAUCUGAUCCAAUAUGUGUGUUAUACGUACAAGGUGUUGGAACAAAAGAAUGGAGAGAGUUUGGAAGAACGGAAGUAAUUGACAAUACAUUAAAUCCUGAUUUUGUAAGAAAAUUUAUUCUGGAUUACUUUUUUGAAGAAAGAGAGAAUCUUCGUUUUGACCUGUAUGACGUUGAUUCAAAGAGCCCCAACUUGUCCAAACAUGACUUUCUGGGACAAGUGUUUUGUACAUUGGGGGAGAUUGUUGGUUCACAGGGAAGCCGCCUGGAAAAGCCGAUAGUAGGAAUUCCUGGGAAAAAAUGUGGUACAAUCCUACUCACAGCAGAGGAAUUAAACUGUUGUAGGGAUGCUGUUUUGAUGCAAUUUUGUGCAAACAAAUUGGACAAGAAGGACUUCUUUGGAAAAUCAGAUCCUUUUCUUGUAUUUUAUCGAAGUAAUGAAGAUGGCAGUUUUACAAUUUGUCAUAAAACAGAAGUUGUCAAAAACACUCUAAAUCCUGUAUGGCAAGCCUUCAAGAUCUCAGUCAGAGCACUGUGUAAUGGCGAUUUUGACAGAACAAUCAAAGUAGAGGUGUAUGACUGGGAUCGAGAUGGGAGUCAUGAUUUUAUUGGAGAAUUUACAACAAGUUAUAGGGAGCUUUCUAGAGGGCAAUCACAAUUCAACGUAUAUGAGGUGGUGAAUCCCAAAAAGAAAGGAAAAAAGAAAAAAUAUAUUAAUUCUGGAACAGUAACCUUACUUUCUUUCUUGGUAGAAACAGAAGUUUCAUUCCUUGACUAUAUUAAGGGAGGAACGCAAAUCAACUUCACCGUGGCUAUUGAUUUUACAGCAUCAAAUGGCAACCCCGCACAGCCCACUUCUCUGCACUACAUGAAUCCUUACCAACUGAACGCGUAUGGUAUGGCACUAAAGGCAGUGGGAGAAAUUGUUCAAGAUUAUGACAGUGAUAAAAUGUUCCCAGCUUUAGGUUUUGGUGCGAAACUGCCUCCAGAUGGAAGGAUAUCACAUGAAUUUGCUUUGAACGGGAACCCUCAAAACCCCUACUGUGAUGGCAUUGAGGGGGUCAUGGAGGCUUAUUAUCGGAGUCUGAAAUCUGUACAGCUGUAUGGGCCAACCAACUUUGCUCCUGUAAUUAAUCACGUGGCAAGGUAUGCUUCGUCUGUAAAAGAUGGCUCCCAGUAUUUUGUGCUCCUGAUUGUAACAGAUGGUGUUAUCUCAGACAUGGCUCAAACCAAGGAGUCCAUAGUUAACGCCUCAAAACUUCCAAUGUCAAUAAUAAUAGUAGGUGUUGGACCGGCAGAAUUUGAUGCAAUGGUUGAAUUAGAUGGAGAUGAUGUACGAGUGUCCUCCAGAGGAAAGUAUGCUGAAAGGGACAUUGUACAGUUUGUGCCAUUCCGGGAUUAUAUUGACAGAAGCGGAAACCACAUACUGAGCAUGGCUAGAUUGGCUAAAGAUGUCCUCGCCGAGAUCCCUGAACAGUUUCUUUCCUACAUGAGAGCUCGAGGAAUCAAGCCAUCCCCUGCGCCUCCCCCAUAUACCCCACCGACACAUGCGCUACAGACUCAAAUAUGAUCGUGCUCCAAAUGCAUAAACAUUAACUACACAUCCCUUGGAACUGCUGAGUCAAUGCUUGGUGCCUGGUGCUCUGUAACGAACCAGGGAAGGAGAUACUUUUCUCAGUUUGAUUUCCACAGUACUAGUUAAUGUGCUUUCUUGGAUCCAAAAUUAAUUCUCUUCAUAAACCAAAACUGUAAAUAUGGUUGCAUGAGCAACAGAAAACUUGUUUAAAUGCUUGAAGCAAAAUAUGGAUGUCUUCUCUGAAUCUUUAAUUUUUUUUUGACUGAAAAGGCUAAUUUCCAAUGUGCUGUUGGGAAAAAGCACAAACCUAUGUUUUUAACUCAAAUAUUGUCCUUGGCUGCUAUGUGUAUAGGAAAGCAGUCUCUGUAUCAAUGUUUACAUGUUACUACUUUUUAAAUUUCAAUACUUUUAUAACUAUUCUUAAAAUUAAGCAUUUUGAAUAAUGAAUCCUUUGUCUUCUAAAUUGCAAUAGCUAUAAUCACAAGAGCAAUAUCUCUUUGAAUGAUUGUCUGGACAAAUACAAUUGCAAAUAAGAGAAGAGAAAGGUACUUUGAAUUUCUCAGUAACUGAUUUGUCUUAUGAAGCCACAGCUGCUUAGUAACCAGUUUCCCUCCACUGUUUGCCAAAUAUGGGAGUUUCAGUUUAGCAGAUGGGAAUCCUGUAAGAACAUGCAUUUUUCAUGGAGUUGGGGUUCUAAAUUUAGACAGCAGUGAGUUUAUAUUUUGUAAUGCUAAGUAGAAAUACUAAAAAGUCAAACAUUGUGAACUGUAAAUGCACCGAAUAUACUUUGUGUAAAAAGUAGCAUCUUUAUAUUAUAAUGCUGUUUAGAAAGAUUAAAACCAAGAAUAUUUAACUGUGCACCAUGUAGCAGAUGUUUUAAACUUUUUAUUCCAUUAUAUCUUGGCUAGAGAUUUUAAUUCAAAGGGAUACUAAGCUCUCUUGAUUUCAAGUCCUCUUUAUUACCUUUCCACAUUGCCACACAGGGUGCAUAGGCUGGAAGUCUUUUGUAAGAUUCCAAGUUAAAUAUACACAACCACGUGACUUAGUGCACAAAACAUUUGUGAAAUAACUAACUCCUCUAUCCUGAUCUGCCUGUCCACAAUUAAUUGUAUAGAGUUUUUGCAUGUACAGUUUUUACAAGAAUUACCAGUUUUUGUGAAGUUGUGUCUAAACUUUAGAACAAAUGGCCUUAAAUUCUCACAGAUUUCCUGGAAAUGAUUGUGAAUUGCCUUCAAAUAAUAGCAAAGUGUGUUUGUUUAUUUAUUUUUUUGUGUGUCAACAAUGUAACUGCUUUAUAGUAUUUUUUCCUUACUUAUAUCCUAUUUGCUACUUGGUUUAUUUCUACUCUGUGUUGUUUCUUGUCCCAUGUUAACUUAGGGUGACUUUUAUAAGCAUGAAAAUAUUUUACUGAAAACAAAUAUAUAUAUCCACAUAUCCACAGUAUCAAUGUUAUGUAACUAUAUAAUACUAAAUUGUCCAUUUUUAAGUAUGUAUUAAAAUAUUUAAAAGGAUAACUAUUUGCUCUGUAAAUUUUAUGUAUGAAUGACAUGGAGUCUGAUGAUUCCCUUUACUGAUCUUAAGUAUUCGUGCGAGUAUAGUUUAUUAACCUACAAGAUUUUUUUAUUUACCUUUAUUCAUCAGUCCUAAAAACAAAAA